GCAUGACAUCCUAGGUUAGAACACUGAGGAGAGUAAUUGAAUUUGAAUAUAAUUUGGAAAAUUCACAGCUCAGAACAGAUGGGUGAGGAAAUAGUGACAUCAGAAGCUUACUGAAGUUAGCAGUGCUCCUGUGAAGUAACAGUGCAAGCUGAAACUGUGCUCUGGAAGUUUCAGUUAGGAAGUGAAGCAGGUGGGUGUAAACACACCUGCCUUUCUUCCAGGUGAACAACUCAAGGUGUCCAGCAUGAUAGUCUUCAUUUUCCUGGCUGUGAGGGUAAGCUCAGAAAAUGACUCCACUUCCCAAACGAAGGACUGUGCAUAUUUGACACAGCAGUGCUUUGGGGAUGCCUAUGGGUGCGCGCAGCUGUGGAGAGCGAUGGAGGACGCCUGCAGUGGUCCAGGUGACUUCUGCACAAUAAAAAAUUCAUCACGUUGUGACCUGAGUAUCCAGUCUUUGGUGGAAAGUGAUUUCCAUUUCCAAGAGUGUCUUUGCAUCAAUGACCUCCAAUGUACAGUGGGCAAACUUCUGGGAAAAAAUUGCAUCAAUAAGACAGAAGAGUCAGCACUGUCCUCAGAUUUGGCUCCAGAGUCAAAUGUUACAAAGCAGUUCUACGCAUCUUUAAUGGCCGAGAGAAAGAACGACUGCGUGGUGGCCGCACAGGUCUGCCGGCAAGCUCAGCACUGCAAUCUACUCCACGAGAGCUUUAAACAAACUUGUGGCAAAGAGACAGCAGAAUGCAGCACCCUCAGAGGCAGACUGCUGUGCGAGGCUCUGAGAGAGAGACUGAGGGAAACAGUGCUGUGGGACUGCCAGUGCGGCUCCCCCUCAGAAGCAGACUGCAUUAGAAUUUGGAAAAGCUUAUUUGAAGACAUUUGCAUACAGGAUGCUCCAAUCAAUCAAAUCUCCACAUUCAGUAAAGACUAUGAUGAUGAAUUCAAGGAGGACAUCGUUUCAGAUAUGAAAAAGGAUAAUAAAUAUAAGUGGAAUCUAACUACUUUCCAUCAUGGAUUCAAAGGGAUCAAAUCCUGUUUGGAAGUGACAGAGGCCUGUGUAGGGGAUAUGGUUUGUAAUGCACAGUUGGCUCUUUACCUCAAAGCAUGCUCAGCAAAGGGAAAUCUGUGCGAUGUGAAACACUGCCAAACGGCCAUACGGUUCUUCUAUCAAAACAUGCCUUUUAACAUCGCCCAGAUGUUGGCGUUUUGUGACUGUGCUCAAUCUGAUAUACUUUGUCAGCAGUCCAAAGAAGCUCUUCACAGCAAGCCAUGUGCACUGAACGUGGUUCCGCCCCCUACUUGCCUCAGUGUAAUCCAUAGUUGCAGACGUGAUGAAUCAUGCAGGAAGCACUAUCUAACAUUUCAGUCAGAAUGCUGGCCUCGUGUUACUGUGCAGUGUCAUGAAGAUGAGACCUGCAUUAGCAUGCUAGGCAAGCAAGACCUCGAGUGUUCAGGGAGUGAUAACUGCAGAGCAGCCUACCUAGGAACUUUUGGGACUGUCCUUCAAGUGCAAUGUACGUGUCAGAGCACUACACAAAGUGAAGAAUCUUUGUGCAAGACGUUCCAGCACAUGCUUCAUAGAAAAUCAUGUUUCACAUUUGUCAGCCCAUUCCCAAUGAAGGUCUGGAUCCCAAAUCACAUUCCAUUAGAUUACCAAGUCCUUUCUAAUGUCAAAGGCAUUUCAUUAUUUAGAAGAAAACAUGCAAAGGAGAUUACUGUGUCUGGAUUAAAUUCUUCCAUUAAUGGAGAAGUAAUUUAUGCCAUCAUGUGCACAGCAGCCACCUGUGGAAUCUUUUUCCUGGUGAUGCUCAAGCUGAAAAUAUCCAGAACAUCAAGUAAGAAAAGAGAUCCAUCAUCCACUGAAAUGCCUGGAGUCAUCAUCACUUACUGAAUCCCAGAUCACUAACAAUUGUUGUCAUUAAAGCAAGUCUUUGAUGUCAAGCAUUAGAAUAUCACAUUUGCCAAUAUUAAAAUAUUAAGAUGAAUGUAAUGAUAUUAGGUCAUUAAAUAUAAUGAUGCCUGGUACAUAAUAUAGCAUAAUUGUCUUGGAUGUACCUUAAACAAUAUUUGAGCAAACACAAAUAGUGUAUCACUUUUAACUCUAUUAGAUAACGAUUGCCUUU